CAUAGCAUUUAUAUAAAAUAACAUUUUAAAUAACAUACAUAUGUCAAGAAAAAUCCAUUUUUAAAUUUCUCUACUUCUGAAAAUAUAGAUGUAAAUUGGAAAUGAUGCGAGUGUUAUUUUUAUUUCUAGUUUUUGUUAAUUUCACCUUGCGCAAAUUUUUUUUUGACGUUAGUCGUUGGAAAAAAAAUUGGAAGACAAAACAAAACUUAAGUUAGCGAGAAGCACUUUCCAUUAUUAUCUCUCUUCCCCAACUCACAAUAAUAACAAUGUUCAAUAAUAAUACCAUAGACGCCGGAACCGUUGUCCCGACUUCAUCUGCUACAGUUCCAUCCACCAUCUUCCCCGGCACAACCAUCACUUCCAACUCCACCUUCAUAAUCAUCGGACCUCCUCCACCGUUCCCAGCACCUCCUCGCAUCAUCGACUUCACUCCUAUCAAACUAAUCUUCGCCGUCGUAGCAAUCGUCGCCGUUUCCGCCUUAGUUUACGCUCUUUUCUUUACCGCCCCAUGUUCUUCCCGCCGCCGCAGCAGAAGCUCUUCCUCCGACGACACACCACACGUCACCGUAGAUAUCGCAACGCCAGUCACCACGACCGUCACGCCUGAUUCUAGAAAGACUCAUUCAAAGGAGAUCGGGACCGAAUGCACGGUGUGCCUGUCGGUACUCGCCGACGGCGAAGAGAUCCGACAACUAAGCGCGUGUAAGCACAAGUUCCACGUGUCGUGUAUCGAGAAGUGGCUCAAGGACAAAGAUCACCCCAGUUGUCCUAUUUGCAGAGCAGACGUCCCCGUUAAACCGACCGAAGCCGACUCUAACGUUAACGUGAAUCGCAGCGCUGGCGGAAACCGCCGAGUUUCAGCGACCAAUAGAGAUGACGAUUGGCGUCAAGGUCUACCUGAUGCUUCUAGUCUAGUUUGAUUUAUUUUUUAUUUUGUAAUUUAUUUUUUUCGAUUUCAUGAUUUUAUAUUUAUUGUGGCUGUAAACAAAUUUACGUUAAAUCUAAAAAAUAUGAGUUCGUUAAUUUAA